AUGCCCAAUACGCUUCCUGCCAAUAGAAGUGUUGGUACUGCUGCAGGGAUUCUCCCCAGCAAUCCCCCUACCGAGAGGACUGUUUGUGUACUGGACGGCCAUAGUCUAACCUGUGAGAAGUUGAUGGAGUUGUCGACUGGUAAUGUCGAGCUCACCCUCUCUGCAGCGGCCUGGGAUAAGGUCAAUAGGGGCCGCCAUGUGAUCGAUCAAAUACUGGAUAAGAACGAGGUGGCCUAUGGAAUCAACACUGGCUUUGGUAUGUUUUCGGACGUCAUAGUCGCGCCAGAUCAACUCUCUCAGCUGCAGGUGAAUCUGAUCCGGUCCCAUGCGGCUGGGGUUGGACCGCCUCUCUCCCGGGAGAGGACCAGGAUGCUUCUGGCUCUCCGGGUUAAUGUGAUCGCAUGUGGCCACUCUGGAGCUAGACCCGAAACGGUGGAGAAGAUGCUUGCGGCUUUCAAUAAGGAUUGUCUAUCGGUGGUUCCAUGCCAGGGUACGGUCGGCGCCUCGGGUGAUUUGGCCCCACUAGCUCAUCUUUGCCUGGGGUUGCUUGGAGAAGGGCUCAUGUGGGAUCCACAGUCAGCUGAGCCCAAACCCGCUGGGGAAGUCCUUGAAAGGCAUGGACUGGAACCCCUGCAGCUGGGUCCUAAGGAAGGACUAGCUUUGAUCAACGGGACGCAGCUGAUUUCGAGCCUUGGAAGCGAAGCCGUUAUGAGGUCGAUCAACGUAGCAAGAUGCGCUGAUAUCACCUGUGCCCUGUCUCUGGAGGUCCUUAUGGGCACCCAUAACGCCUUCCACCCUAAGAUCCAUGCGGCGAGGCCUCAUAGCGGGCAGAACUUGGUGGCAUCUAGAAUUCGCGGCUUACUAGAGCCUGAGAAACCAUCGAAGCUAUUCGAAAGUCAUCGAUACAGUGGGAAGGUGCAGGACGCAUAUACCCUACGUUGUGUGGCGCAAGUCCAUGGAGUUGUUUUUGAAACUAUUGAUUUUGUCAAGCGCCUGCUGGAAGUCGAGCUCAACUCGGCCACUGACAACCCUAUGAUUUUUACUGGAGGGGCGGACUUCUAUCCGACUGGUAGCGCCAAGGCCCCCGUAUGCACCCGCGGCAGAAUUGUCUCUGGAGAUGGAGCUGCCGCUUCGAAAGGUAGUGCGGCGACCACACCAGCAGGGGUGUCCUCGUUGAGUCCUAUCCACUCAACGCCCCAUGACAGCAGCCUUAAUCUCGAUGAUAGUUUCCCUCUUCUGGACGGCCCUGACGAUGCAAGUGACAUCUCUGACUUGAAUGGCGCCCGUAAGGAAAUCCAGAAGAUGCGGGCUCUUCUCAAAAACUUCAAACAGGAGAACACAGCCCUCAACACUCACCUCAUGGAGACUCUAUUGCUUGGUACUAGUGGCUUCAUUAUUUCCGGUGGCAACUUCCAUGGGGAAUACCCCGCGAAGGCGUUGGACUAUUUGGCGAUAGGCAUACAGGAGCUGGCUAACAUCUCGGAGCGCCGCAUGGAAAGGCUGGUCAAUCCGGCUCUGUCGAAUCUCCCGGCAUUCCUCGUUCAAAACGGCGGUCUUAACUCGGGAUUCAUGAUAGCUCAUUGCACUGCUGCUGCGCUAACCAGCGAGAAUAAGGUUCUAUGUCACCCGUCAUCUGUGGAUACUCUAUCUACCUCUGCGGCUAAAGAGGAUCUUGUGUCUCUGGGAGAGGCUCUCCGCAGGGAAGUGCCUUGAGGUCAUCUCCAAUGUCGAGGUCGUCAUUGCUAUUGAGCUCAUGGCUGCUUGUCAAGCCCUCGAAUUCCACCGACCCUGUCGCACUACGGUGCCACUAGAGGCCGUAUAUGAUCUUAUACGGUCGGCCGGUGUAGAUCCAUAUGAUGAGGACCGCUACAUAGCCCCGGACAUUGACAAAGUCACCGAUCUCGUUAGGUCUGGUGCGGUAUGGAGAGUGGUGGAACCUUACCUUAAACAACGAGAGGAGAGUCAAAUCGACGAGGUCUCCCCCAUUGACAUGAUGCCGAGGGGUGAUAUCCUCACCCUGAGCCGGAAGCUUUAAUAGCUCGCACGAGUUGGGUAGACCGUGGAAGUAAUUUGACUUGGGAGCACCUCCAUGUUUCUAUAU